GUGUGGUUAGGAGAACUGAAACUUUCAUAGAAGAACUGACAGGAGCUGCGAAGUGUGUUUGAGCCGUGUGACGGGAGUGAGCGUGGUGUGUGCAGAACCGACUGCCGGAAGGAGCGAGCGGCCCACGGCUGCGAGACAGUAAUGGCUAUGCAAAUGCAGCUUGAAGCAAAUGCAGAUACUUCAGUGGAAGAAGAAAGCUUUGGUCCACAGCCUAUUUCUCGGUUAGAGCAAUGUGGCAUAAAUGCCAAUGAUGUGAAGAAAUUAGAAGAAGCUGGUUACCACACGGUGGAGGCUGUUGCUUAUGCACCAAAGAAGGAACUGAUAAAUAUUAAAGGAAUUAGUGAAGCCAAAGCUGACAAAAUCCUGGCUGAGGCAGCGAAAUUAGUUCCAAUGGGUUUCACCACUGCAACCGAAUUUCACCAACGCCGGUCAGAAAUCAUCCAGAUUACUACUGGCUCCAAAGAGCUUGACAAACUACUUCAAGGUGGAAUUGAGACUGGGUCUAUCACAGAGAUGUUUGGAGAAUUCCGAACUGGGAAGACACAGAUCUGUCAUACAUUGGCUGUAACAUGCCAGCUCCCCAUUGACCGAGGUGGAGGUGAAGGGAAAGCAAUGUACAUUGACACCGAGGGCACCUUUAGGCCGGAGCGGCUGCUGGCGGUAGCUGAGAGGAAAACAUUCUUUACUCGGCAAUCUAACUAUCUCAGAUGGAAUAAAAAGCAAGAUCCAGGGCUGGAGAGAUGGCUCAGUGGUUAAGAGCACUGACUGCUCUUCCAGAGGUCCUGAGUUCAAAUCCCAGCAACCACAUGGUGGCUCAACCAUCUGUAAUGGGAUCCGAUGCCCUCUUCUGAUGUGUCCAAAGACAGCUACCGUGUACUCAUAUACAUAAAAUAAAUCUUUAAAAAAAAAAAAAAAGCAAGAUCCAACUAUAUAUUUCUUUCAAAGAAACACUUUAAAGUUGGUUGCAAAUAAAAGACUUGAAAAGAUAAUCAGGAACCCUAAGAGCAAUUAAAAGACUGCACCAGGCUACCCCCUGAUCCUUUGGUUUUCAAGAUCAGUUUUCUCCAUGUAGCCCUGACUGGCCUAGAACUCACUCUAUAGACCAGGCUGGCCUAGAACCCACAGAGAUCCACUGUCUUUGCCUUCCGAGUGUGGGGACUAAAUGUGUGUCAUCACUGCCUAGUGAGGAAACACUUGUAUGUGUAUAGGCGUGGACAGGCCCAUACAUGAUGAUAUGCAUGUGGAGGUCAGAGAACAUUUUCCGGGAGUCAGUUCCACCAUGUGGGCUCCAGGAGUUGAGUUCAGGUGUGAUGGCAAGAGUCUUCUGAGCCUCUCACUUGCCCAGGCAGAACAUUGAUCAUUAAAAUUAGUUUCCCAGGAAGGUGUAGUCAUUAUAGACAUCGUUAAGUUGUUUUAUUUUAUGUAUAUGAGUGUUGUCUACAUGUAUGGCUGUGUACCAAGUGUGAGAAUUUCCUGUGGAGGCCAGAAGAGGUAUCGGAUCCUCUAGAACUAGAAUUAUAAAUGGUUGUGAGGCAUCAUGUGGAUGUUGGAAAGUAAGCCCAGACAGGUCUCUGCAAGGGCAGCAAUCACCAAUAUCUUUUCAUCCAAGAGGGCAUCACAAAAGUCUAAAUCAUGUCAAAAUUCUAGCGAUUUUUUUUUUUUGCAAAUUGAUAAAUGCAAGGUUCAUAUGGAAAAAUCUAGAGCUCCAUUUAUUUAUCUGUUAUUUAUUUGCAUGGGGGAGGGGUGGGCAUUGCCUGCUUGUGUCUGUUCACCAGACACCAGAAUAUGUACCUGUUGCCUUCAGAGGCCGAAAAGGGCAUUAGAUAUCAAACUGGAAUUUUGGUGACUAUUAUAGUUGAGCUGAUGUAUGAGUGUUGAGAAUCAUACUUAGGACCUAGAAGAACAGCCACCGUUCUUAAACCACUGAGCCCUCUCUGCACCCCAAGUCCUGAACUGAAAACUCCUUAUAAAACUACAGUAGCUAUUACAGGUGGUCAUGACUUAAACAUAGAUUUGCAGCUAGGUAUAGCACAGUGGUAAAGUACUUGUCUGGUAUAUAAAAGACCCUAAGGUCAAUUCUCAGUACUGGAACCAAAAAAAAAAAAGGUGUGUGUGGGGAGAGUUACUCAUUCAAGAGACAGAAGCAGCAGCUGUCUCUGAGCCGAAGGCUAGCUUAGUCUGAAAGCUACAUAAUGAAACCGUCUCCAAAAAAACAGAGCAGUAAAUAGAUAACUAAACUAUGGAUCAAUGGCCCAGAAUAUAACCUUCAAAAACACUUGCACCAACAUGCCCAGCCCCUUGGUUUUGCUUUUGAGACAGGGUCUAACCAUGUAUCUCAGGCUUGAUCAACUCUUACGUAGCCUGAGGUAUCCUGAGCUUUCUAUACUUUCCUCUCUGCCUCUGGUGGUUAGCUCAUGAUGUGUUAUCAUCCCUGCCUUAUUUGAGACUCUCGUAGACCUAGGUGGCCUCAAAUGCACUGUGUAGCUGAGGUUAACAUAGAAUUCCCGAUCCUUCUGCACCUUCAAGUUAUGGGAGUUAUAAGCUUGUAAGACCAUGCAAGAGCUGCAUGCGCUCUACCACUCAUGAUCGACGACCCCCCCCCCCGUCCGUCACUCCCUACCUCCCUCCCUCUCUCUCUCUUUCUCUCUUUCUCUCUCUCUCUC